UCGCUGUCGCCCCCCACCCAUGGCCUCAGAGGUGGGUUUGGCCAACAGCAGUAGCCCGAGCUUGGGGGCUCCCGAGGGCAGCGGAUGGGUGGCGGCCAUUCUGUGUCUCAUCAUCGCCCUGACCGCGGGAGGCAACUCGUUGCUCAUCCUGCUCAUUUGCACGCAGCCGGCCCUGCGCAGCACCUCCAACUACUUCCUCGUGUCGCUCUUCACGUCGGACCUGCUGGUGGGGCUGGUGGUGAUGCCGCCAGCCAUGCUCAACGAGCUGUACGGCCGCUGGGUGCUGGCGCGCAGCCUCUGCCUGCUCUGGGUGGCCUUCGAUGUCAUGUGCUGCAGCGCCUCCAUCCUCAACCUGUGUCUCAUCAGUCUGGACCGCUACCUGCUCAUCCUGUCUCCGCUGCGCUACAAGGGCCGCAUGACGCCGUGCCGCGCCCUGGCCCUCAUCCUGGCCGCCUGGAGCCUGGCCGCCCUGGCCUCCUUCCUGCCCACGCACAUGGGCUGGCACCGGCAGGGCCGCCCGCCGGCCCCCAACGCCACCGCCGAGGCCGCCUGGCCCGAGCUGGCCCCCGGGGGGCAGUGCCGCCUGCUGGCCAGCCUGCCCUUUGUCCUGGUGGCGUCCGGCCUUACCUUCUUCCUGCCUUCUGUGGCCAUCUCCUUCACCUACUGUCGGAUCCUGGUGACUGCCCGAAAGCAGGCGGUGCAAGUGGCCUCCCUUGCCACCAACAUGGAGGCCCUGCAGGUGCCGAGGACUCCAAAUCCAGCAGCGUCCACCUCCAGUGAGAACAGACGGUUUGCCUCCAAGCACAGCAGGAAGGCUCUGAAGGCCAGCUUGACACUGGGCAUCCUUUUGGGCAUGUUCUUUGUGGCUUGGCUGCCCUUCUUUGUAGCCAAUGUGAUCCAGACGGUGUGCGACUGCAUCCCCCGAGCCUUCUUUGAUGUCCUCACCUGGCUGGGUUACUGCAACAGCACCAUGAACCCCAUCAUCUACCCGCUCUUCAUGAGGGACUUCAAGAGGGCGCUGGCCAAGUUCGUGCCCUGUGCCCGCUGGGCCUGGGAGCGCAGGACUAGUCUCGUCUCGCUCUCCAUGCGCAAUUCCCACAGCGGGGCCCCCCAGUACCUCUCGCAGGUGGGCUUCUCCUUGCAGCCCAGGAUGACCCUCCCGGGGGAGGCGGACUCAGGCACCUCCACCCUGCAGGUCAUGGAGCAGCCCCGGGAGGCCCUGCCCGGCCACUCCCCGCCCACGGGCGCCGAUGCCCUCAGCCUCUUCGACAUGGACCCUGGGGAGCCUGAGCUAAAGCUCUAUCCCCUCAACGCCCCCACGGACUGAGCCCGGAAGUCGGGGCCUGUGGCCUUGCUCUGAGGGGGCCCCUCCCUUCCAGGGCAGCCAGACCCUCCAGCAGCCCCCGCCCACAACAAGCCGACCCCCUAGCAUCCUCCUGAUGGCUCCGGAGCCGUCCCUCCGUGCUCACCUGGACAUGUUUGUGGGGGUCUCGUCGGAGAACUUUUCACUGUGUGGAGCCUCGGCUGUGUCGGGGGGGAGUGGUACGGACUGGGAAGUAGCCGAGGCUCUCAGAUGUCCUCCCAAAAAACCCAAUUCCUGCCCUCAGGAGGCCUCUGGGGCUGUGUCUCAAGGGAGGGGGCCCUGACCCUGGGACCUCUCAGUCUUAUGUGGGAGAGUCUUAACUCGGGGUGGGGGAGGGAAACCGUGGCCAUUCCUGCUCAGUUAGAAGCGGGGAGCCCCCGGUCUAAGGGAGGAGAAAGAAUACAGGGCGACGGGGCGGGGCUGGCUCUCCACCCCAGAGAGGAGGGAUCGGCUCCGACAAGCCAAGGGGCGGCCCUAGGGCUCUAAGCUCCAUGGCGAGGAGACCCAGGUCCGUUCUGAGGCCGGGGAAGUUCUGGGGGCUACAUGGGGGGGGAGGGCUUGUGGGCCUCAGGUCAGUGGAGCUCAUGGGAAUCAGAGGUGAUGGGUUUUUGGAGGGGGAGAGGGCAGCAUGGGGCGCUGUGGGCAGCAUAGGCACUGUGGGCAGCAGGGCUUCUUAAACUUGCCACUCGAGACCCCUUCUCACCCAAGAAGUUUUUACGUGCCCCUGUCUGGAGUCUGAGCCGAGGUAUUUUUGGUGGCGUUUGUGCAGGCGCAGUACCAAGGUGCCCACGUUGUGGGUUCAGGACCGAGGCUGCCAUGCAACACGGGCAAGCGCUGCCAGAAACUCCUCAUGCUCUUUAUGCACUUGAUUCUGACAACUUUUAGUUGUUCUGUUCAGAAACCUUUUACUGUUGCCACAUUUUUGUAAAACCCCCCCCCCCCAUUUAGUUAUGUGAUUCCACAUGGGGUAGCAGGCCACAGAAGCUCUGGUACAGAGGGCAGACAGGAGUCUGAAGACCUGGGUUCAGAUCUUGGAUUAUACGUCUCUGAGCCUCAGUUCUUUCAUCUAAAAUGGGAAUAAUCUUUUACCUCACAGGAUUAUGUGGAUUGCACUUUGCAAAGCACAAAGUGCUGGUUAAGGUGGCGGAACAUUCCCAUUGUACCGUUUCUCACAGGUGGGAGCUCAGCCAAGAGGCUGGGGUGUUCUCAGUGUGAGGGAGAUGUGGGAAAAUGCAGAGGGGCCCAUAGGGAACCUGGGCCUGGGCCCUGAGUGGGAGGCCCUGCUGUGCUGCUGAGGUCUUGUGCCACUUAGGACCACAGGCCCUCACCCUUUUUAUCUGUGAAAAGUAGGACCACCAAGAUGUGAUCUUCAGUGAUCUCCAUCAUGAUCCCAUGGUCUAUGUAUUCUGUGCUUUAAAAUGUCUCCCAGCUCUGACACUUCAUGUUCUAAUUCCUUCUCAGCUUUGAAAUUCUGUUCUAAGUUCUCAGCUCAGAUAUUCUGUGUUCUAAGGUUCCUCCCAGCUCUAACAUCUUGGAUUCUAAGGGCCCUCCCGGCUCUGACACCCUGGGUUCUAAGGGCCCUCCCGGCUCUGACACUCUGGGUUCUAAGGACUCUCCCAGCUCUGAUGUCCUGUGUUCUAAGGGCCCUCCCAGCUCUGACCUCCUGUGUUCUAAGGCCCUCCCAGCUCUGACAUCCUGGGUUCUAAGGGCCCUCCCAGCUCUGACAUCCCGGGUUCUAAGGGCCCUCCCAGCUCUGACAUCCCGGGUUCUAAG